AUGGAGCUGGUCACCCGCGUACCAUCCUCAGGUAGUACGUAUGCAUACUCAUUUUAUGCUCUUGGUGAGCUGCCAGCCGUCGUUGCAGCGUGGCUGCUCACGCUCGAGUACGGUAUAUCUGGAGCAGGUGUUGCUCGUAAUUGGGCCACCAAAGUCCAAGAAUGGCUGGUUGAAGAACACCCAGAGCACACGUACCAGUGGUUAAACGAAGACUAUACAAAUUUACUUGGAGCUGUCUUGAUGGCUCUGUGUGUGGCAGUAUUGCUGAUGGGUAUUCAAUUUGGCAAAUGGUUUGUGAACAUCAUAACCACCGUCAAGGUGUUUGUGGUGUUAUUUAUCAUUGUUGCUGGCUUCAUUUUUAUCGAGCCAGACAAUCUCAUCCCUUUCAUUCCACCUCGCCAGGAAGUCGACAAUAAAAUGGCGUUUGGUUUCCAAGGUAUUAUCACUGGUGCCUCAUCAGCUUUCUUUGGAUACAUUGGUUUUGAUGAAGUUUGCUGUUUGGCCGCCGAGGCCAAGAACCCCAAAAAAGUCAUGCCUUUGGCUGUCAUAACUGUGGUACUUGUCACAAUGUUCCUGUCUUGCUUUGCGUCGUUGGUCCUAGCAGGAAUGAUCCCAUUCUUACAGGCCGAGAGUUUUGGUGCAGGAUUUCAGUAUCAGGGUGCAAAUUGGGCCUCUAAAAUCGUGCGUGCUGGCGAGACCUGCACAAUGCCAGUUGUGGUUCUAGUCAGUUUUCUAGCCCAGCCACGUCUUAAUUAUGCGCUGGCAUGCGAUGGCUUGAUCCCACGUAUCUUUUCUCAGGUUGAUAAAAAUGGGACGCUGUUUGCUAACACACUCAUUUCAGGAGCCUUUUUCACGAUUGUGGCCUUCGUCAUGCCGUUUGACAAGCUGUGGGAUAUUGUCAGCUUUGGCAUCCUUCUUUCCUUCAAUAUGUCCAUGGCAUCUCUUCUCAUGGUGCGGAUGCGCAAAAAAUCUCCGUCAUUGGCCCCCAAGCUGAUCGGUCUCAUGGUCGUAUUUGCAUGCCUAGCGGCUUUUUUCUACCAAAUUGGCUACGCAAACGAGGGCAACGACUGGUGCCUCGUCGUUGCAAUCGUUUUUCUUAUGCUUAUGGUCGUCGUGUGUUUGGUCAUGUAUUUUAAAUGCCCACAAGAGACUCAGAGCGAUGAAAACUUUACAGCUCCGCUCGUGCCAUUUCUACCAACAUUUGCAGCAUUAGCUAAUUUUUAUCUGGCCGCUCAGAUCAGUUAUACAGGCAUCUACUCAAGCUGCGCGUGGCUGGCGGCCGCUGUCCUAUUCUACUUUUGUUACGGCUACAAACAUUCAGCAGGUCGCACAGGCUGGAGGACGUUAAUGAGUCUGCCACGCGUAUCAGCCAUAAGGUCAUCAAUGCUAUCGGACAAGAAACACUUACACUCGCCCAUGCUCUCGAACAAGAAACAUUCACAAGUGGAACUAAUUUAA